CAAACUGCGCGGUUGUUUCGGUCUGUUCUUGUGUUAAGAAUAUUUUAAUAGUGAAUAUUUAAUUAAAGUACUGAUUUUAAGUUUUCUUUAUUUAUAACAAGUAGUAAAUAAAUUUCUUACUGUAUUUUUAUAAAAAUUAGUUUCACUUAUCUUGUAUUGGGAAAAGUUGAUAAUAUAUGAUUUGAUUCUUUAUCAAUUUUCAAACUAGGUCUGCAACGAAUAUGUAUAAUCAGCUGAAGCUUUGGAAUAAUCUCUCUAGAUUUUCACAGUGUAACAAAAAGAAGUUACAUGUAUGGACAAAAGAGUUUGUUAAGUUUUCUUCUGAGGUUCGAGAUGGUUUGUCACAAUCAGCUCCUAUAGUUGCUCUUGAAAGUACAGUCAUCACUCAUGGUUUGCCUUUUCCUGAUAACUUAAGUACUGCUUCAAAAAUGGAGGAAGUUGUUAGAAACAACAAAGCUAUUCCAGCUACAAUUGGAAUUAUAGAUGGCAUAAUUCAUAUAGGCAUGAGUAAAAAUGAAUUGGAAAUUUUGGCAUCAAAGAAUAGAACUUUGACAAAAAUAUCUCGUAGAGAUCUUCCAUAUGUUAUGAGCAAAAAAAUGAGUGGUGGAACAACUGUUUCAGCAACUAUGAUAUUGGCUCAUAAAGCUGGUGUACCUAUCUUUGCUACAGGUGGGAUAGGAGGUGUUCAUCGGGAGGGCGAAAAUACUAUGGAUGUCAGUGCAGAUCUUUAUGAACUUGCCCGAACUCCUUUGACUGUUGUUUCUGCUGGUGUGAAAUCAAUUCUCGAUAUUGACCGUACUUUGGAAUAUUUAGAAACCUUAGGAGUCUGUGUUGCUUCAUUUGGCCCUUCAAAGGAUUUUCCAGCUUUUUUUACUCCAAAAAGUGGGUUUUUCGCUGCUUGCCAUGUUUCAAAUCCAAAAGAAGCUGCUGAGCUUAUUGAUUCCAGAGAUAAAUUAGAGUUAGAUAGUGGCCUUCUUCUAGCCGUACCAAUAUCUGAAGAAUUUUAUGAAGACGGUCUUGAAACGGAAUCUGUUAUUGAAGAAGCUUUAAAUGAUGCCAAAGCCAAUGGCGUUAAGGGAAAGGAUGUCACGCCAUUUGUCUUGAAUAGAGUUCGUGAACUCAGUGACGGAGCUUCAUUGAGAGCUAAUAUCGGACUCCUGAUGAAUAACGCUAAAGUUGCUUCUCAAAUUGCAGUGAAUCUUAAUAAUCUGAAGAAUAGGUCUGGUGGAACUGGCUCAUCAAGAGUUCUUCAAAAUUCAUGUAAAAGUAUUGAUAAGAAAUCUUGUUUUGGGAGACCGGUCGUGGUUGGAGGAUCUGUCCUGGAUAUCCACGUUAAGGCUCUCGAAGAUGUCAAAAUGGAUGGUAGAACUCUUGCCGGACAGGUGGGCAGUACAGCUGGAGGUGUCGGACGUAAUCUGGCUGACGGCAUGUCCAGACUUGAAUUAAAUCCAUUCUUCAUCUCGGCAGUGGGUGUCCAAGAACAUUCCCAAGCUCUACUCAGUAAAAUGCGGCACAUGGAUAUCAGUGGCAUAAAACUAGUACCAGACUCCAGGACAGGUGUAUGUAUAAUUAAUAUAGACCAGUACGGAGAGUGUCUCUAUGUUAUAGGUGAUAUGGAUAUCCACGACCGCAUAACAAGGGAUCUAGUUGAGGAACACAAAGAAGUAAUCAGUAAAGCACCUUUACUUAUUAUGGAUGGGAACAUUCCACUAGAAACAAUGGACUACUUACUGAAGAUGUGUGGGGAAAACAAUGUGCCAAUAUGGUUUGAACCUACAGACCUUAGCAAAGCUCAUCGCCCUUUCCUGUCUUCUACAUUGUGGAAAUCAGCCUUGUCAUAUGCCACCCCAAACAUGAAUGAACUCAGAAUCAUGUACAACACUAUUUUUGAUAAAAAUGUGCCACUCUCAUCAGGCGUUCGAGAACAUUUGAAUGUUACUUUGGAAGAAGCCUUGGAAUUGGGUAAGCCUUUACUGGACGGAAGUUUUCACACACUUGUGGUCACACUCGGUGCUCACGGAGUCCUCGUCAUUUCCAAUUUGCAGUCAACGUCCUUCUUAGUCGGAAAAUUGACCUCUCAAAAAGGCGAACUAAGAGCAACAUAUUAUCCAUCUUUGAAGACAAAUAGUAUAGUGAGUGUGUCUGGUGCAGGAGACUGUUUUGCAUCUGGUAUGAUAGGAGGAAUACUAAGAGGAUUGCCCCGAGAUUUUUGUGUUCAAGUUGGACAAAGGGCAGCCAUUUUGUCUUUAGCUUCCCAUUUAACAGUUCCUGAAACAAUCAGUCCACAGAGUGUUUUCUUCCCUGAAGAUUUCAACAAAGAAUCUCUGAUUAUUUGUUGAUAAAAACUACAAUUAAUGGAUAUACGCACUUUUUUUUAAAAAAAAUAAAAUAUAUUUUUUCAUGCAUCUUGGUGUUAAUAAUUAGCGUUGAUCUAUCCUUUCAAAUCAUAUAUUUGUUAAUAAAAUAAAUUUGAAUUGUA